ACAAACACGGUGUAGCCUUACUUGACCAACAGUUUCCUAAUAUUUAACAGGUUUUUGUUCGCUUCAAGAAAGAAUUUCUCGCGCAGAGGAAGGAAUCAGGCAGACAUUUCCUGCUAGGUGCUUCUGAGAUUUGAGUAAGAACCUUGAGAAACUGAAAUAGGGAACGCAGAAAGGGUACGGCGACUUGAAAGAUCAUACAAAAACAGGCCGGGGUCUAAAAUACCAUUAAAUGACCCUGGCCGAAUUGAGAGCAUUUCAUUUUGCAAUAGUUCCCUUACUCCUGUAAAAGAGCACACGAAAUAGCUAAUGGCUGAACCGCAGCAUGCAUACACAGAAAAGAAAGUUAAGUUUUACUGAUACUUGAUACAGUUAUGUAACUAAAGAGUUAAAUAAGAAAGGCGUUCUUGUUAACAGAUAAAUGUAUUUAACUCAAACAUAGUGCCCCAGUAUUGAAGAUAUAAACUUCAAGAAAAGGGCAGAUAGUUUGACACAGCUGAGAACUGCAUAGCAGGCCAUCAACAAGAUGAACUUGACAAACGGAAGAUAGUUUGUGUGAGCACUGAAUCCGUAUGUGAAUACUAUACUAUGGAAGUGGACCCUCCAACUACAAGUGCAUCUUCUAAUGGCAACAGCAAUUUGAAGCGCUCCAAUAGCGCGCCUAUGAUAAAUGUGUUGGCUGCUACACAUGUUGAACCAAGCUCCAGUUUGUUCCGGUCCUCGGAAUCCUCUAGACUGAGAAGAUUCAGUUCAAGCUCUGCUUCUCUUAAUUUACAAGCCUCAACUCCGGUGAAAAUUCCUGACCGAGUGAAUCAGAUCAAACAUGAAGAAAGUCACAUUACCCACAGGGAGACAGCCCACGAACGCGAGAUACAGUCCACCAUGCAGAUGUCUAAUUCCUGGGAAUCUUUCUCUCUGGAGCCAAUGGUUACGGACCAGAGGAGACCCCGUUCAUUUAGCGAGUCCUUGCACAUCUUUACAUCACCCUCAUUGUCGUGUUCCUCCCCGUCUCCUACCCGACUCGUUAAGCAAUGUUUCUCCCCCGCCAUGCAGAUGCCGGUGAAGAACAACACCUUUACUCCUAGUCCUAGUCCCAGCCCUACCCGCACUACUUUCAGGAGAUGUCUGAGUCCCAUUGCAACAAGACCAGCAAGUCAUUUGGGCAAGAGAAAAUUUGAAGGUGACAGUGCAGAAAGCUAUCUGAGUCCACCAAAGAGAUUUAACUCUGGCCCAAACACCCCAGACAAGACUGGUGUGCUAGCACAGCCUUUAGCUCACAGUGUCUCGCUCAGCAGUGUGGAGAGUGGUAGUCCUGACCAGACGGUGCCACAUGGCUCCUCCAUGGCUGUUGACACUGUGCACAUAGUGCGCAAGUCUCACUGUUUCGGGUUCACACCAGUGCGCGAACCUUCCACAGAAAUGCAGACAACGGACUCGGAAACCUCGGACAUCAUAGAAAUGUCGGACGGCCACGAGGUGACAUCAUCGUCGACAUUGGUUUCCGCAUCUGGUGAUCAGACGUCGUCGAGUUUUCCGCACAUCAAACAGACUCAGGUGUGAGAGUGGUUGAUGGAACUAUACCUGUUUGAGGCUAGAAAGUUUGGUACACUGUUUUUUUUUUUAUGCUGGUCAGUGCUGGGGACACGACGGUUUGCAGAUAGAACCAGUUUGCUUGUCCAUGAUCAUCCCGAUGAUGAAUGAAUUUGUCCUUGAAGAAAACCUUUGACCUUUUGAUGUUUAUGUACUAGGAAAAGUGGCUCAUUGGUGAGCUACUGAAGCUUUGGAGUGCAUGCAUUAUGCUCACUUGUGAUAGCAUUUUUCUCAAUGGUGAUUUUUGGGAAAACUUUUUACCCACUGGCAGAGACUCACACGUUUUGGGUUAAACUCACUGGUGAGUUUUGGGAGUGUGUUCAUCUCACUGGUGAGUUUGGGAGAGCCUUUGGCACACUGCCUGUGAUCAGGUGUCGGAUAAGUUUUUUCACUCAGUUAUUUGAAGAAAACAUUGGACAUGAGUUGGAGUACAGAGAAAGUGCGCAGCUUACAAAAUUGUCAGUAUGGUACAAGGCUCAUGUCAGAGUCUACAAGAUAACAACUUAUCAUUUCUUUAUAUAGAAACCAUGAAGUAUCUGAUUGUCUGGCAAACAAUGCGGGAAAAUGUUCUGUCCAAAUUUUGUCAAGAAAACAUACAUGUAUAUGCUCACUUUACACAUUGUUGAGAAAGCAUGUUGUGGCUGAUCAGUUUGUGAGAAGGACAUGUGCUCACUUGUACAUUUUGUUGAGAAGGCACUCACCUGGCACCACAGUGCGUCGAGGAAUCUAGUGCUCAUUGGUCAGUGUUUGAAGAAAUAAAAAUGGCUCAAGCAGGUAAUAAUAAAACAUGGCUGUACAUAAAAACUCUACAAAGAUACAUAAUGUGUUGUGUUCUGGACUGUUGUUUGAACCCAGUGCUGUCCACUCUCGCUGAAAAAAACGAUGUCUUGUAUAUAUACAUGUAUAAGAGAUUAAGUGCCAGUAGAUUUUUCAAUACUGCAGCUCUUUUCAGUCCCUGCUGUGGCUGAAAGCUCUAUUUAUGUUAUCUGUUUAUUCCAAUGUACAUAGUGUCCGGAGCAUGUCAAAUCAAGAAUAGGUUUUCCAUGCAGCAUUUGGAUGGUAGGGUUGUACUGUUGUUAUACAAGUACAUGUGUAUAAGGGCAAGGGCUGAUUGCACACAGGGAUUAACAUUAACUCUGUAAAGCUCAAGGUAAAUCACUGAGAUUGUGAUCGUAAAUCUGAUUUACAACAUUUUUGCCCCCCGAUCUUGCAAGAAAUCAUUUUAAAUCUACGACAAAAUUAAAAAAUUACAGUCUGCUGGAAUUUGCUGUAAAUAUUUGAAAUUUUCCCAAAAGUACAAAUACUUGCCUUAUUAGAACUGCUGGUUAGUAAUUUUCGACUCUGUUUGCUUGGGUGUGCAAUUUAAUGGUCUCAAGUGGUUAGUGUGCUAACACGGCAUAGUGAUUCCGGAGCCUUUCAACAAUGCGAUCACUGUGAGUUCAAUUCCAGUUCAUGCCAGCAAAACCUGUGAAUGGAUGUGGGUUUCCCCCGGGCUGUGCCCCAUUCCCCCCCCCCCCCCCCCCCCAUAAUCUGCCUGCAGUCAUAUCAGUGAAAAAUUCUUGAGUACUGUGUAAAACUCCAGUUAAACAAAUAAAUUGUCUCAGAAACGUGUGAUGGGACUUUUUCUGUUUCCUGUUAGGUGCUGAAUCAUUAUGAUGAAGAACUCUUUCGAAAAUGAAGGCAAGGAUAAGUUCUAUGUAGCACAUUGUCCACUUGUGAAAACUACUAUUAUGCAAAAAAAUUAAGCAUCAAUUUUGGCUUAUGGUCAGUACUUUGUAAUUCCUUCAUGCAAGUAGCAUAAGUAUUCUUUUUAAGAAAUAAUGUUCACGUCAGGGUAGUCUAGCGGUAGUUUUACAUCACAUCUUCGUCCAUUUAGCGUAGGUCUUUUUGGGGCCCGUUGUUCAUAAGUGUAUUAAAUGGUUAGCCAGGCUCAAAUCAUUAUGCCAAUCUUGGCCUAAUACAAAACUUAAAUGUCACUUUAGUCCAGAUUAAAGUUAGUAUUGGACUUUUUGAACUGCUUUUGAACAACUGGGACCCUGAACAAACAUCUGAUUACAGUGUAGACCUACUAGACAUUUUACACAGUUUAAUUAAUUGCUUUAUUAGUGUUUUCUGAUUUCUUUUUAGGGGUAGCCCUUAUCCACUACAUGGAUUGAACUGCUAUUGUGAUGAUGUCGUGUAAAAGACAGUAAGGUGAAAAUAUAAAAUAGGGGUGUUAACAUGCGUUGUAUGAUAAAAGUCUCAGAUUUCAUUGGCAACAAGAUUGUACAUGUUUCUGUAAUUCUGAGCGGUCUGUAUUGAUUUAAAUGACUUAAAAUUUUGUCCAAAAAAGUGCAUUUUCACAGGCAAAUAAAUGUCAUGAAAUAUUACUUUUAGAGCUGAAAACUACAUUUCUGUAGUAGGAUAUCACUCUGCCUUCCAUGCAAACAAACCUCAAAAUACCAUUUUACGGCCAGUAGAACUUUUCCAAAUCAGGCAAAAUGUGCAGCUUAGGCUUGGGAAAACAUUUAGGUCAUCCAGCAUCUCUGCAUUUGCAUCUGAUUCAUUUAAAUUGUGCUUUGAAUGGUUAAAAUUGUGCUUUCAUUUGCUGUUAUUGUGCUUUCACUGGUUGAAAUUGUGCUUUCACUAAUUGAAAAUGUGCUUUCACUGGUUGAAAAUGUGCUUGCAGUUCAAAUACCAGGUUUGGAGAGUCUUCCGUUAGCAAAACAUGUUCUUUGAGCUUUACAUCUCUUACAGUGUGUACAGCCAACAUUUACGCACAAUUUGUUUUUUUUUGUUUUACCUGUACAUUGUCACUAGUGUGAAGCUUGCAGUGAAACUGGGAAAGCACGUACUGUGUUUGGAAAAAUAAGGUAUCAGUUAUUUGGUAUUGGUAAUUAUCAUAUGACAUAUGAUUGACGCAGAUGAACUAAGUUUCUGUGUGAAGCUACUAUGGCGAAAAGAAAGAAACUAGUAUUGCUUUUUUCUGAUUCAUUACUCUUUUUGUAUAUCUCUGUAAAGUUGUAAUUAUUUACUGUACACUCUGUCUUACAUGUUCUUGAUCGCAUACCUCAAAUUCUCUUGGCAAAUGACAGAAUGGCCCAUGGGGCCUGUGUACUUAAAGCAUUCUAUAUCACCUACCAGUAGUAACCUUAUGUCAAAGAUGUAUAUUUCAAGUAGGUGUUAAACAGUUUGACCGAUGCCUCCAUGCCUCAAUUUGAAUGCCUCAGCAUGUAUUUGCUGAACAAGUCAGAUGAUGUGUAGCUCGAACUGUGCGAUGUGGUUGAAGGGGCAGAGCACAGUUACCAGAUGUAUAUUCUUGUCAAACAUCUAACCUACUUAUAUAUGUGGUGCCUUCUUGUUACCUGAAAGUGAAAGAAAAAGUACUGAAUUUUACAUGUGUACAACACAAAUACAUGGAGGCAGGCCGGGUUUACAUGGCUGGGGACAUAUUGGAAUAAUGCUCCUACAUGUAUAUCAAUGCAUAUAUUAAUACUGCUCCAAAAUGGCUGAUGUGUUUAUCGUAAUUCUAGGUUACAACAAUAUAACUGUUUUUCAUGAUGUAGGUAUUCAUAUGAUAAACAAUAUAAGGCCAAAAUUAUUUUUUUUUCUUGAAUGUUCUAUUACAUCCCAUUGAUGCCAUUGAUUGAAUGUUCAACCCAUUUUGUGGAUGACCAUUUUUGAGCUGGCAUAUUUUUGAACCAAUCAUAUCUUCUCUCAUGUUACUAAAAGUAGAUAUAAAGCAGGUUAGAAUUUGUCAUACAUAUGAAACCAAUAACACCAGGUAAUAAGUAGCGUAGUCUUUCACUGAUUUAGAUCCUGGGUUCAAAUCCAGCUUUUGACUGAUGUUACUGACAAGAUUUUCAUGUACCGGUACUCCAGUUUUUCGAAUAGUCUCAUAAUAAAGCCUGCUAUCUUUUAAGUUAUUUAUAGAAUGAUUGAAUUCUGGUAAUUACAUUCAAAGUCGUCCUCUCAUUAGGUUACAGAUUCAUCGAAGAAAUGUUGUAGCUACAUUGACAUUGUACAUCAAUGAAUUUAGUAACUAGCGAGCGAUUAAUAAUGUGUAUUUAUGUGUGCAGCUCCCUCUUUUAUGGCAACAUUUACCGUAUUCCAUGUCUACAGUUAAAAUAUCAGCAUGGCCAUGAGUUUUCCCUGUGCUUUGCCCAGUUUCCUCUCUGUGCUUUUCCAGGUUUCCUCCCUGUGCUUUGCCAGGUUUCCUUCCUGUGCUUUGCCAGGUUUCCUCCCACCAUAAUGUUUGUGGCCGUUGUAUAAGUGUGUAAAUUUUCCUAAGUACGGUGUAAAACACCAAUCAAGUAAAACUCAAUAAAUAAAAUCAGCAUAUUUAUCCAAGGAAGACAUAAGAUGAACAGAGUGAAGUCCUUGUAUUAUCAGAUGAAUAGUACCCUCUCGUCUUAAUGGCACAACUACAAGUUGAGCUGCAUGAUCCUACUGGUUUAUGAUGUUCUGACAAGAGUGCCUAGUGUUUUUUCAUCGACAUGUCACAGAAAUGUAAAUAAGUUGGGAGAAACGUAUGUCCGAUAAUAUACCAGUGAUUGUGAUGUAUAUAUAUUUUUGAUCUGUACAAAUAUAAAUACAUGUGUAAAUGUUGUGAUCUGUAAA